CCCCGUGAAAAGCCCCAACACACUGACAACUCUCUUUAACACCUCUCUAUUUUCUCCUCUUUCUUUGUGUACUCUCUUUUUCAUCCAUUAAAUUGCCUUAAAAAGCUACUAAAGCUUACAUUAUUUGUUACUCUGUUUAAUCCCUUUUCUUUCUUUGCUGUCCUCCACUUUGAAUUUAGCACCAAUUUUCAGUAUGGGAUUUGUCUCUAUGUUUUGGGUGCUCAUCUUCAUUCUUGGAAGUGUAACAUUUCAGCUGUCACAAAGUGCAACUGUAUUAGUUGAUGGAGUUUCACAAUGGAAAAAUCCAACAGUACAAAUUGGUGAUUCCAUUAUUUUCCAGCAUAAGUAUGAGUACAAUGUGUACAUUUUCCAGAACCUGAAUGCCUUCAAUGUCUGCAAUUUCACUCAAGCUACACUUCUUACUAAAUCUGAUUCCAAGUCCUACACUUGGCACCCAUCAAGGCCAGGUGUUUUUUACUUCUCAUUCAACAAUGGGUCCAAUGCAGCAUGUUUACAAGGCCAAAAACUAGCAAUUAAGGUAUCUCUUUCAACUCCGGCGGCAAGUCCUGCCUCCUCGCCGGAACAUCCACCGGCGGGAUCUCCAUCAGUGAUAUCCGGCGGCGUUGUUUCAUCUUCUCCGGCAUACCCAUGGCCGUUUCAGCCACGGGAAGCCACUUCUCCGAGCCCUGCACCGAGUGCUCUGUUCCCUGCAAAUGGGCCAAUGGUGCCGGAAAAAGGAGGUGUAAUUCCGUUUAUUAACAGUAAUCCGGCGGUUCCACUGCCCACCGGUGAAGUAGACUCUACCACUAUCCGCCCUUUGCCAACUUCUCGUUCUAAUCACCAGGUGGUGGGGUUUUCAGCAAUUCAAAGAGGUGUGUGCUUUGCAAUUUUCUUAAUGCUGCUUUAGACAAUGCAAAAAGAAAAAAGAGAAAAGUUUGCAAUGUAAAAAGAGAAAUUCCACUCUUGGGAUGUAGUUUUGAAUCUAAAGUAGCAUUAAAAGGGGGUGAUUAUCAUCAUGAUUAAUAGUACUAGUACUAAUAUAUCAUGUAAAAUAUUGCUAUCCUUUGACCCUACUUUGGAAUCAUUUAUUAGCUUUUUCUUCUUUUAGUUUUAGUUUUGGCACCUUAUCAUUUUACUUCUUUCGAUCUGUUUAUGUUAUCAAUUACUACUACUUCCGUUUUAAAUUA